AUGGAAAUAGAUAGUAAUAAUACCUCUAAUGAUAAAACCAAUUAUAACAAUAAUGGGGAUCCUACAAAUAGUGAUAUAGCUAUGACCACUUUAGAUACAGCGAUAGAAAACCGAGGUGGUGACGAAAUAUCAACAAACAGUAAUAAUAAUGAUGAAGAAAUGAAGGAUAAAAGCCAAAAAGAAGAGCAAAUUAAAGAACAUGAAUCACCAAAAAAUGAAAAUAAUAGUGAAUCUAUGGAAAUCGAUAUCGAAAAAGUUGAUGAAAAAGAAAAGGAAGAGGAAGAAGAAGAGGAAGAAGAGGAAGAGGAAGAGAUACAAGAAAAAGAAAUCAUUAAAUUCAAUGAUGAAAUUUUUAAAAAACUAUGGGAUAAUCAAGAUAUAAGAAAUAAUAUAUGGAAAUUUGUAAAAGAAAGAAGUAAUAAAAACAAAAUAAUGCUGAAGUAUUAUCAAACUCACUCCCUUGAAUGGCUAAUAAAAAACAAGUACUGGGAAUUGUUAAAGUAUAGAGUUAAAAUUGGUGAUACCAUUUCAUUCAACGAGAAAUCAUUUGCUUUAAUACCAAGUUUAUUUGAAGAAAUUAAAGAAGAUUCAAGUUUUUGGGACUCUUUUUAUAGUAGAUAUAAAUCAACACUAUUAAACUGUUUAGACGAUGCUGUUAAAGCAAAUAAUUUGACAGCUGUAAUUUCAAUCAUUCAAAAUUUAGAUUCACCAAUACAGUUUCAACCAGAUAUUCAAUAUAAAGCUAUCGCAACUGGUAACGUUGACUUAAUCAAAUAUUUGCAUAAAAUUGGUAUCGAUGAUGAGCUUAAUAUUAUUCUUACUAUUGACUAUCUUCAACAAUCUUCAAAUAUAUCAAAUAUGAUUCGAUAUUUAAACAAUAAAGAAUAUAUUUUAAAAAAAGAUAAAUUACUGCAAAUUUUAAAAGAAAAAGAAGAGGAAGAAAAGGAAGAGAAUAUUAAAAAUCAUAUAGAUACCAAUGGAAUUAAUAAACCAACCACAACAACAACUACAACAACUACUACAACAACUACAACGACAACUACUAUACCAACCACAUCACCUAAUAAUAAUAAUAAUAAUAAUAUUAAUAAUAUUAUUACUGAAGACUAUUCUAUACCAUCAUCACCACCACAGGUUUUAAGUGAAGAAGAUAUUCUAAUAUUCGAAAGUCAAGAUAAUAAAAAAGUAAUUUUACCAGACUCACACUUAAUUUUAGACAAUAUAAAAAGCAAGACAAUAUUUUAUAAACUGGACUAUGAUCUUCAAUUAAAGUUUAUUAGACAAACCCAGAAACCCAAAGUUUUAUUCCUCGAAGAUUUAGUAAAAUGUUUUAAUCCAUGGAAAGAUCAUACAUUAACAUCAAAAGAAAUAAUCAACUAUAUCAACUCUAUGCAAAAAAUCUUAUCUCUAGAUGUAAUGAAACCAUUACGUGGUACCCAUACAUUAACUUUAUUGAAUUUGUCAAAUGGUCCAUUAUUCCAAAUUUGUAAAAAGUAUGAUAAAGACAUCAAAGACAACAUUAAACCAAGAACCAAACUACCAAAACGUGAAACUCUAAUGGAAAUGCUUUAUAAAGAAUGGAUUUUACCAAUCGAGUCGACUGUAUUCUACCCAAAGAAUAGUCAUUACUACCGUUCAAUUAUUGAAGGUGAUGCUAAUGAAAUCGAGCAACUUCGUUUCAAAGAUAUUAAACAAACAGUAAACUAUUUAGAAAAAGCUCAAAGCCUUUUUGAAAAUUCUUUUAGAAAUGCAGAUAUCAAAACUUUAGAUUUAUUCAUUAAAAUCUAUCGUUUUAAUCAAAUGUAUUAUUUAGCUUAUAAUCAAUUUAUAGGUGAAAAAUUUAAAGUUGAAAAUUUUUUAUUUAAGGAUAUAGACGCCAAAAUUGAUUUAUUAGAAAACGAUAAAUCAAAAGAAAUAUCAAAUAAUAAUAAUAAUGUAAAUAAUAUAGAUAAUCAAGAUAGAGUUGCUAUGGAUACAAAUAAAGAUAACAAAAUCACUGAACCAACAACAGAAAACCAAAUAAAUAAUAAUAAUAAUAAUAAUAAUAAUAAUAAUAAUAAUGAAAUUAAUAAAUUGAAAAUGCAAAAAUUAGAAUUUUUAAAGAAACUACUCGAGGUUAAAGAAUUUUCACAAAAAAUACCGAUUCAAAAAGAAUUAGAAAAAAGAAAAGAAUUUAAAUUGUUAGAAUAUUUAUCCACAAAGCUUAUGACGUUUAAUACCUCCUGGAUUUUAUUAGCAAUUAAAGAGAACAAUUUAGAAUUUUUAGAAUUUUGUUUAAAAAAUAAUUUUAAAUUAAAAGCAAAUGAAGUUGAUGAAAUUAUAAAGAUGCCAAAUUUUUCAUUCAAUACCCUUCUUAAACUUAUGAAUUCUCAAAAAACUACAAGUAUUCAACCACUCAUAAGUUUAUUUAUCAACUCAUCGAUAGAAAAUGGAAGGUCAGAUAUAUUCGAGUUUUUAGCAAAUCGUUAUCCAUCACAUUUUAGAUCGAAUGAUAUUUUAAUUCAUGCCAUAUCAAAUAACCAAAACAAUAUCAUUGAAAUUAUAAUGAAUAAUAAUUUACUAUUAACUCAGGAGCAAAAAGAAUCAAUGAAUGGAACUAUUAAUAAUGAUGAAUUAUCAGGUAAAACUACACCAACAUCAACAUUAGCAGCAAUAUCAACAGAAAAAUCAACAUCAACAUUAACUGAAACAACAGAACCAAUAGAAACAACAGAACCAACAGAACCAACAUCAAAAACACUAACUACAUCACGUCCCAGAAUUAAAAUACCGACAUCAAGUUAUUUAUUAACCCGAAAGACCAAAGAACAAUUAAGAAAAUUUAAUAUUGAAUAUCCAACUAUGAAAAACUUUAUAAUUCCAAUUAAUAAUCCUAUUUAUCAUUCAAUUAAAACAAAUAAUUACCAAGCACUACGAGAAGAAAUUAUUUGUUUAUGGGUCACCAAUCAAAUUAAAGACUAUAUUGAUGGCAAUUUAUUGUGUACAUUGGGAACUGUUGGAAAUUUAGAAAUAAUCAAAAUAUUUUUUGAUGCCAUUUAUAAUUUUGAUGCUUUCAAAAUCUUUCAAUUGGUCCACUCACUCAUAGCCAACAAUCAUAUUGAAGUCGCGUCAUGGGUAUUCGAAACAGUAACAAAUAUACCAAUCGCCACAUCUGUUGUCAAUUUACUUUAUAACAAAACCACCACAAUCUAUGAUUUAUCAACACUAAAAUUCUUUUGUGACCUAAUCGAAAGGUUUUUCCCACCAAAUAACCCUAAACCUAUAAAUGAAUUAUUCAAAAACUUAUUUUCAAAAGGUUUGGUUCACUGCACAAAAUAUAUGUUGGAACGUUAUCAAUCAAAUAAUCUAUUAAAAUCCCAAGUACCAGACAACUCAUUGGUUAAAAAGGCAUUUUCAAACUCUAAAAAUCAAUUCUAUGGUUUCCAAAAUCAAUUAUCUAUCAAAACAUGUUACUUUGACUACUAUUAUAUAUUUAAUAAAAAAUUUAGAGAUUCAGAAAAAUUAAAAAAAGAAAAUGAAAUCAAACAAAAAGAAAAUGAAAUAAAACAAAAAGAAAAUCAAGAACAGCAACCAAACGAUCAAAAUAACGCAAUUAGUAAUAAAAGGAAAAGAGAUAAUUUUGAAGAAGAAAAUAUUGGUGAAAAAUAGUAAUAUUAAAAACAAUAUUUCAAAUAAUAUAUUAAAAAAUAAAGUGUAUAUUAUAAUUAAUUAUU